AUGGAAAAAAUCCGUAAUCUUACCAGAGGCGGAGAAUCUACAUACCCCUGGGAUUUAGAAAAGAACUAUACCAUUUCUAAUGUUCUUGGUCAAGGUUCUUUUGCUGUGGUUCGAAAAUGUACCGAUAAGCGAACCAAUGUUGACUAUGCACUAAAGAUAAUUUCAAAAGAUGUUCUUAAAGAGCAAAUGUUAACUACAGAACUAGAUGUUCUAAAACAGGUCAACCAUCCACAUUUAGUAACCCUACAUGAGUUAGUUGAAACCAAAGAUAAUGUAUAUAUCAUCACCGACCUUGCUAGUGGUGGUGAAUUGUAUAGUCAACUUGAGCAAAGAGGAAAUUAUACAGAAAAAGAUGCUGCUCACCUUGUAGAGCAGGAUUUAAUUAACAAGAUGUUAACUUAUAAGCCGGAUGAACGAAUAACGGCCCAUGAUGCUUUAAAACAUCCUUGGUUUGAAUACGCUGCUAAAUUGAAUAUUGAUAGUAACCAUCACACACGCUCUGAGACCGUUUCUUAUCCUCGCGCCACAUUAAAAUUAAAGAAAGCCAUUCACGUUAUUCAAGGUGUAACUAAAAUGCGGAGAAUAAGUAAAACUCUUGUGAAUAAGUACCAUAAUAUGUUUGAUGAUUAUACAAAUGGUGUUAUUGGCGCUGGUGUUGGAUACGUGACAAGCACUAUCAUUGAAGAAAAUAAUGGUUCAAAUCUUAGUGCUUCUUCUCAACCAUUAGGAAGUUCUGGCUUAUUAGGUUCCGAUCUUCCUGUGACUAGUUCCAACACUAAACCUAUUUCUAAUCUGUCAAUAACGAAUCAAAAUCAACCUACUGAGUUUUACAUGCAUAGCAACAAAUCUGGUUUAGAUAUUGGACAUUUAACUACCAAUAACUCCGUAUCAUCUUCACGUCCAUUUUCCAUUUCCCCAACUAGUCCUACUGCAAGCAAUUCUAGUAAACACGCUAUAAUAGUAUGA